GACCCGCUACAUCAUCACUACCAUACCACAACAGGACCCCCUACAUCAUCACUACCAUACCACAACAGGACCCCCUACAUCAUCACUACCAUACCUCCACAGUACCUCUACAUCAUCACUACCAUACCACAACAGGACCCCCUACAUCAUCACUACCAUACCUCCACAGUACCUCUACAUCAUCACUACCAUACCACAACAGGACCCCCUACAUCAUCACUACCAUACCACAACAGGACCCCCUACAUCAUCACUACCAUACCACAACAGGACCCCCUACAUCAUCACUACCAUACCUCAACAGGGCCCCCUACAUCAUCACUACCAUACCACAACAGGACCCCCUACAUCAUCACUACCAUACCACAACAGGACCCCCUACAUCAUCACUACCAUACCUCAACAGGGCCCCCUACAUCAUCACUACCAUACCACAACAGGACCCCCUACAUCAUCACUACCAUACCACAACAGGACCCCCUACAUCAUCACUACCAUACCUCAACAGGGCCCCCUACAUCAUCACUACCAUACCACAACAGGACCCCCUACAUCAUCACUACCAUACCACAACAGGACCCCCUACAUCAUCACUACCAUACCACAACAGGACCCCCUACAUCAUCACUACCAUACCACAACAGGACCCCCUACAUCAUCACUACCAUACCUCAACAGGGCCCCCUACAUCAUCACUACCAUACCACAACAGGACCCCCUACAUCAUCACUACCAUUCCACAACUGGACCCACAACCUAG